AGAAAAGGCGAACCAUACAUUGUUCAUUUUGUUUUACACUCAGACCAAAACGAUGCCGUUUUUUCGGACGGAGGAAAGAUGGCCAUAUCAAAGCGACGUCCCUUCUUAUGGUGAAGGAAGGCCUUGAUCCAGUAACGACGUCGUUUCAAUGCAUUCCCAUCCACGGACGGUCCAGAUUCAACUGGACAGCACAGAGACUCGAUGGCCAAGAUCAUCUGUGCUGCCACAGCGGCGAAGUCCUCUGUAACCGAUCUCCAUCACCGCCAUCAAUGGCGGCUCGAACCCUAGCCAACACUCACGCCUCGCCUCUCGCCUCUCACAUUGCUCAACUCCUCUCCACAGCGUCCUCCAUAACCUCGUUUCUCCAGACCCUAAACCCCCAAAACCCUACACCUAAUUCCCCAACUUCCAUCUCCCCUCUCUCCCAAUUCGCUCCGUUUCUAAACCCUAGUCUUGUGAUCCAAGUGAUAAAGAGCCAAAAAAACCCUUACCAUGCCCUUUUCUUCUUCAACUGGGCCUCAAACCCUAACCCUAACCCUAAUAACUACUCCCAUUCCCACCUCUGUUACGUUGCCAUCACUGAUCUUCUCAUCUCUCACGGCCUCUUCUCCACAGCAUCGUCACUCCUUCAAUCUCAUCACAGACUCUCUGAUUUUGCUGCGGCUAAGUUUGUCAAAGCCUAUGGCGAUCGCGGUGAUAUUCGUGGGGCAAUUCAUUGGUUUCAUCGCGCGAAAAAGAUGGAAUCGGGUCGGUGUUUGUUCUCUUAUAAUGCCAUUUUAGGGGUUUUUGUGAAAGCGAACCGAAUUAUGCUAGCGAGGGCGGUUUUUGAUCAAAUUGUGAAGGAGGGCGUGGUUAAACCUGAUGUUUCCACUUAUACAACGAUCAUUAGAGGGUAUUGUAAAAUGGGCAUGAUUGAAAAUGCGAAGAAUGUGUUCGAUGAAAUGGGUUGCAAGCCAAAUUUGGUUACUUACAAUACCAUGAUUAAUGGGUUCUGUAAAAAGGGUUUAAUGGAGAGUGCAAUGAAAAUUGUGGAUCAGAUGACGGAGACUGAGGAUUGUAUGCCUGACACUGUGACUUAUACUACUUUAAUUGAUGGAUAUUGUAAAAGAGGUGAAUUGGAAGAAGCUAUGAAGUAUAUGGAAGAGAUGGUCAGUCGGAAUUGUGAACCAAAUGUGUUGACAUACAAUGCUAUAAUCUAUGGUUUGUGUUUGAAUGGAAAUGUUGAUGAAGCAAAAAGAAUGAUGACAAGGAUGAGAUUAAAUGGUCUGAAGGAUAAUGUUGCUACACAUACAAGUAUACUGAAGGGUCUUUGUGUUGUGGGAAAGUUAGAUGACGCGGCUAGACAUCUCAAGGAGAUGGUUGGUCUUGGAAUGGAAGCCGAUGCAAAAGCAUAUGGGGUCGUUGUAAACGAGUAUUGCAAAAUAGGGAAAGCAGAUGACGCAAUUUCACUUCUAAAGGAAAUGAAGAGUAGAGGCAUUAAUCCAAGUGUUUCUAGUUUUAAUGCAGUGUUUAGGAUUCUUGUGGAGUCCGGGAAGACCGAUAAAGCUGGUCUUAUACUGAGGCAGAUGAAACAAUUGGGUUGCACUCCAAACUUCUUAUCAUAUAGUACAGUGAUAGAUGGUCUUUGUAAAGCUAAAGGUAGGAUGCAUGAAGUCGAAGAGUUUGUUGAUGACAUGUGCCGAAAUGGUCAUCAUCUUGAUGCCUCCAUGUAUAGUUGGUUGGUUAAGGGGUAUUGUGAGGAUGGAAAUGCAGAUAUGGCAAUGAGGCUUUUUUGUGAAAUGCUGGAUAUGGGUUACGUGAUAAAUCUUGAGAGCUUUUUGGCUUUUGUCAAGGGGUUGUCAGCAAAGGAGAAGGCAUUUGAGGUUGAGAAGUUUUUUGAGGAGAUGUCUAGGAGAUGCCCUGGAAUUGAUAUCCAUAAAUACAGAAGGAUUUUAGAUGAGCAUUUGUGUAAAAAUUUGGGGAAUGGACGGAGGGAACAUCAGCAAAGUAUGGGAAUACAAGGAGGCCAGCUAGGCUGUAAUGGAACAGAUGGGAGGGGUUUUGGAGGAUGAAAACAAUAGUGGAUUGAUUCCUAUGAAAAACCUUUUGAUCCCUUGACCUCCCAGGGUUAGAAAUUGGAGUUCAACUUCAUUCCAAUUGAACCAAGGUUGAAUUGGGACAACUGUUUUUUCUCAUCAAGGAAUAUCUCAAGAAGUUUGUUUUUAAGAUUGGAAACUUUAGGGAAGAGCAGACCACUGGCAAAUAGUAUUAGAAGGUUUGCAUUCUUGAACAAGGCAUGUAUCUUGGUUGUCAAAGGUUUGGUUUUCUUCCCUUACCACGAAUAUUCUCUUUGAAGUAAUAAUUGAGUGAUGAUGGGAGGGCACCACCUUUUGGCUCGUCCUGAUUUAUGCAGAACAUAUACCCUAUCCAUGUCAUUGCAGAAAAAUGCUCUGGAAUCCUAUGGACAAAGACAAAAAGCUGUUCACAAACUUCACAUUACCCUACAUAGGGCAGAUGGGAUAAAGAUUCAUUCCCCCAUUAAUCCCAUGGAAUAUGCAGGUCUCAUCACAAGAGCAAUCCAAGCCAUGCCCCAACAAGAACAAGCCACCCAUCAAUCAGAAAUUGCCGUGGCUUCAAGAGAAUCUCCAACAGCAAUGUGGUAUUCAUCAGCUGGAUAAGAUGCAAGGUGGGGGAGACCGAAAAUGGAGCCCAGUGGCAUGCUUUCAUCAUCCAAUGAUAGAUGAACAUGGUAAGGAUUGGAUCAAAACAACAAUUGGAAUCAUUCAAUGGAGUGGAUCAGCUAGCCAGUAUGGUUUCACAAUUGCCUUUGAUUCCCGUCUUUUUAUUGGUUCAUGCUUGUUGGCUAACCUUUUUUGACAUAGUACAUGAAUGGAAAAUAUUCUAACAUAAAAACUUCAUGUUAUUUUUCCAUUUUGAGGAGAUUGAAGCUUUGCAUUGUUCUUUUUCAUUAUGAA